GGAAUGCUGAUCGUCACCUGUCUAUAGAGAUCACCUUCCCCAUUCACUGCCAGAACAAUCAGAGGGUUGUGUACUGCUGGGAAGCACUGCUGUCUAUCGGCGUCUCAUGGAUCCUUCGUCCAGUUGUGGCAUCUCCCGAGAUUCUCUCUAUAGGACAUCCUCAUCCAAUCAUAAGGGAAAUGAUGGCUACACCGUGAUACGUGCACGUUUUGAGAAAUCGGAAUCAGAAGAUUCGGGUGUGGAGCUGCCCCCACCUUCCCCAUUUGGAUCUGAGAGCAGCUAUAAUCCAGAUGAAUUUGAAAGCGUAGAGAGCUCCACCCCUGAGGAUCCUGAGAGUUUGGAAAGCUCCUCCCCUGAGGAGUCUCGGGACCUGAAAAGCCCCACCUAUGGAAAACCAGAUCAUUUUCAACAUUCUCCAGCGAAGGCCGCAGCGGCACACUCGUCUUCAGAUGACUCUGGGAGCUUUAACAUGCACACAAUUAGGGAUGUAAACAGAGUGGAACAUUGUCUGAAUAAACAGCCUGAAAAGAACAUUUCAUGUGUGCCCCAUGUACUGGAACAGGCGAUCCUCCGAAGCAGGAGGCAGAGGAGCAGUAGCCGGGAGGCCAUCCAAAACAGGGCAGCAAGAUGUAGCAGGCAGUAUGCAGGCUCACUAAAAGAGCAGCGCAGAGGGAUAUCUGCUGGCUAUGAAGCGAGGAGCCCGGUUCGCCAAAGACUAGAAGAUGAGGUGAAAUCUGUACUCACAAUCUUAUUCCAGUUCCUCUGGGACUCUGUCUGCAUAGUAUUCCAGUUCCUCUGGGACUCUGUCUGCAUAGUAUUCCAGUUCCUCUGGGACGCUGUCUGCAUAGUAUCCAGGUUCCUCUGGGACAGUGUCUGCAUAGUAUUCAGGUUCCUCUGGGACGCUGUCUGCAUAGUAUUCCGGUUCCUCUGGGACACUGUCUGCAUAGUAUUCCGGUUCCUCUGGGACGCUGUCUGCAUAGUAUCCAGGUUCCGCUGGGACAUUAUGUGCAUAGUAUCCAGGUUCCUCUGGGACAGUGUCUGCAUAGUAUUCAGGUUCCUCUGGGACGCUGUCUGCAUAGUAUUCCGGUUCCUCUGGGACACUGUCUGCAUAGUAUCCAGGUUCCGCUGGGACAUUAUGUGCAUAGUAUCCAGGUUCCUCUGGGACAGUGUCUGCAUAGUAUCCAGGUUCCUCUGGGACUCUGUCUGCAUAGUAUUCCGGUUCCUCUGGGACAUUGUCUGCAUAGUAUCCAGGUUCCGCUGGGACAUUAUGUGCAUAGUAUCCAGGUUCCUCUGGGACAGUGUCUGCAUAGUAUUCAGGUUCCUCUGGGACGCUGUCUGCAUAGUAUUCCGGUUCCUCUGGGAGACUGUCUGCAUAGUAUCCAGGUUCCUCUGGGACACUGUCUGCAUAGACCAGGAUAACCUCAACCUUCCGGGUGAUGGUCUCCGGUAUCUGGAAAGUCUUUGUCACAUGCUGGAGCAAAUUGCAGAACUGCAGAAAAGGAAUCAGAACCUUCUACAUCAGAAGAAAACACUGGAGAAGAAAGUGCAGAGUCAGGUGCUGUUUCUGGACGCCUGUGUGUGUGGUAGCUCCCAGGACUCUAAAGACUUGGAGCAAGACAUGACAGACAACCCUCUUCCCCAUGGGACAACCUGGCAACAACAACACUACAGGAAGAGGUCCAGCUCCCAUGCCGGGGUGCUGCUUAGUUUGGCCAGACAACCAGAAAAUAACCUGAAAGGAACCGUCAAAAUGGACCCACACUAUGUGAGCGUACCAAACCUGCAGGAAAAUGAAAGACGGAGGACAAACCAGAGCUACAAAGCAGAAUCAACACAGUGGUGUAAAGUGAAGGAUUUACUCUCUAAAAUUGCUGGGAAGAAUUCAUCACCAGGGUCCUCUCGGGGGACCCAAAGCAACUGCAGGACGCAGACAACGCUUGAGGAAACAACUCAACACCCUCGAAGAUUUUUCCUGCCCGGCCUGGUGAUUAGACCACGCAAUCAUGGUCGCCAGUUUCAUUGAAAAGAGACUUCUCUUUAGACGAAGACUCAUCCACCAUAAUGAAAGGACUUGCUUUCGGUAACAGAUUCCCUCAGAGCGACGCACCAGUAUCUGGGAAGAUGAACAAUGGCACUGGAACUCUGCCAGCUGAAUCACCUCGCCUCCUUACUCAUCUGCCACGCUAUCUGCGGCAUGAACGGAAUGCCCUGUGGGAAAA